ACUUUUCCAUCUUAGUAAAAAUCUAUCAGUUUUAGAAUUUUAUCAAAAACACUCUCAUAUUCAUUCACGAUGGAUUAUCAGUCUGAGAUUCAUCAUGGCUCUAAAAACGGACAUUUGUGCGAAUUUUGUUCAAAGGCAUUUUCCAACGCCUCACGUUUGAUGAGACAUCUGAGAACCCAUACUGAAGAGAAACCGUAUUCCUGUGAACAAUGUUCAAAGGCAUUUUCGGACACUUCACAUUUAGAGAGACAUCGGAGAACCCAUACUGGCGAGAAACCGCAUUCAUGUGACCAUUGCUCAAAGACUUUUUACAACACUUCGGAUCUAAUGAGACAUCUGAGAAUCCAUACUGGAGAGAAGCCGUAUUCCUGUGAGCAUUGUUCAAAGGCAUUUUCAGACAAUUCACAUUUAAUGAGACAUCUGAGAAUCCAUACUGGAGAGAAUCCGUAUUCCUGUGAAUAUUGUUUUAAGGCUUUUUCCAACACUUCAGAUUUAAUGAGACAUCUGAGAAUCCAUACUGGAGAGAAGCCGUAUUCCUGUGAAUAUUGUUCAAAGGCAUUUUCUGACAAUUCAUAUUUAAUGAGACAUCUGAGAACCCAUAUUGGAGAGAAACCGUAUUCCUGUGAGUAUUGUUCUAAGGCAUUUUCCAAAACUUCAAAUUUAAUGAGACAUCUGAGAACCCAUACUGGAGAGAAACCGUAUACCUGUGAACAUUGUUCAAAAGCAUUUUCUAACAAUUCACAUUUAAUGAGACAUCUGAGAAUCCAUACUGGAGAGAAACGGUAUUCCUGUGAACAUUGUUCAAAGGCAUUUUCUGAAAAUUCACAUUUAAUGAGACAUCUGAGAACCCAUACUGGAGAGAAUCCGUACUCCUGUGAGUAUUGUUUUAAGAUAUUUUCCAACACUUCAGAUUUAAUGAGACAUCUGAGAAUCCAUACUGGAGAGAAACCGUAUUCCUGUGAACAUUGUUCAAAGGAAUUUUCUGACAAUUCACAUUUAAUGAGACAUCUGAGAACCCAUACUGGUGAAAAACCGCAUUCCUGUGAACAUUGCUCAAAGGCAUUCUCCCACAAUUCAGAUUUAAUGAGACAUCUGAGAACCCAUACUGGGGAGAAACCGUAUUCCUGUGAACAUUGUUCAAAGGCAUUUUCUAAAACUUCAAAUUUAAUGAGACAUCUAAAAACCCAUACUGGCGAGAAACCACAUUCCUGUGAACAUUGCUCAAAGUCAUUUUCCAACACUUCCGAUUUAAAGAGACAUCUGAGAAUCCAUACCGGAAAUUUAAAGAGCCAUGCUGGUGAGAAACCGUAUUCCUGCGAACAUUGCUCAAAGGCAUUUUCCUACAAUUCAGAUUUAAUGAGACAUCUGAGAACCCAUACUGGAGAGAAACCGUAUUCCUGUGAACAUUGUUCAAAGGCAUUUUCAGACAAUUCACAUUUAAUGAGACAUCUGAGAACCCAUGCUGGCGAGAAACCGUAUUCCUGUGAACAUUGUUCAAAAGCAUUUUCUGACAAUUCAUAUUUAACGAGACAUCUGAGAAUCCAUACUGGAGAGAAACCGUAUUCCUGAAAUAUUG